AUGAAUGAAAACGAAGGAAAAGAGUUUGCUGAAUUAGGUGUAAAAGAGUGGCUUAUAAAACAACUAUUUACACUGGGAAUAAAAAACCCCACACCGAUUCAGAAAGGAUGUAUAUCAAAAAUUCUUGAAGGUCAUGAUUGUAUAGGGGCAGCUAAGACAGGUUCCGGAAAGACUUUUGCUUUUGCAUUGCCCAUUCUACAGAAUUUAGCUGAAGAUCCUUAUGGUAUAUUUGCCUUAGUGCUUACUCCAACACAUGAAUUAGCUUACCAGAUUGCUGACCAAUUUCUUAUACUAGGUCAGCCAUUACAACUUAGAGUAUGCAUUGUCACAGGGGGCUCAGAUCAGUUGGAAGAGUCUUUGAAACUAUCAAAACGACCACAUGUAGUGGUUGCUAUGCCUGGUCGGUUGGCUGAUCAUAUAUCAGGCUGUGAUACUUUUAGUUUGAAAAAAAUUAAAUAUUUAGUGCUGGAUGAAGCAGAUAGGCUCUUUAGUGAAUCUUUUCAAGGAGAUCUUGAAACCAUUUUUGAAGUAUUACCGCAGAAAAGGCAGAACUUAUUAUUUUCUGCUACAAUCAGUGAAGAUGUCAAGGAGUCUAAGUUGCUUCCUUUAAAUAAAAAUAAAUUAAUAACGUGGUCAGAAUCAGAUCCACAACUAACAGUGAAUACACUCGACCAACGGUAUGUGGUAUGUCCUGCAUAUGCCAGAGAUGUAUAUUUGGUACAAACACUAAGGAAGUACAGAGAAACUAAGCCCAGCUCUCAUGUAAUUGUGUUCACUGAUACAAAAAAAGAGUGUCAAGUUCUUUCAAUGAUGUUAAACGCCAUCGGAAUGGACAAUGUGUGUUUGCACGGCUUCAUGAGGCAGAAGGAACGUGUGUCAGCUCUAACUCAGUUCCGUAGCAACCUGAAAUGUACACUCAUAGCUACUAAUGUAGCGGCAAGAGGAUUGGACAUACCGUCAGUUGAUCUGGUUGUCAAUCAUAAAUUGCCUUUGGAGCCUAAGGAGUAUAUACACAGAGUGGGGCGAACUGCUCGAGCCGGUCGGGAAGGCAUGGCGAUAUCACUCAUAACCCCCUACGACAUACUGCGGCUCGGGGAAAUCGAGGACCAGAUCAAAACUAAACUUAACGAAUAUAAGAUAGAUGACGACGAAGCAGUGAAAGUGUUCACGACGGUGAGUGUGACGCGCCGCGAGCAAGAGGCGCAGCUGGAUAAUGAGGAGUUCGAGCAGCGUAAGAGGAACUACAAGAUCAAGAGAUGGAUCAUGGCAGGCGUCGACCCUGACGCCAUGGAAGAAGGACUGGAAGAAAUGCAUAGAAAACGAAGAAAAGCGGCUAAAAAGGCAAAGUUGGCCAAAAUCAAACAAAUUCAAGCCCAAAUCAAAGACGAAGCGGGAGAGGAAGAUACGACUCGCAUACGACAGAGCGAGAUGGAGAAUAUCGAUGAUACUAUCAAAGAUGGCCUUAAGAAAGUCAAUAAGAGUUUGAUGAAAAAGGAUGACAGGUUCAAAGAUGUUAUAGGGAAAGUAAGCAAAAUUAAACGAAAAGCAGAAAAUUUAAAACAGAAGAGUUUAGAGAAAGAGACUAAGAAGAAAAAGAAGAAACCUGUUGCUUUA